GACCUUGGCGGCUGAUUUUGUGUUUGCGUUACAUAACAUGUCUUGUGAUAUCGAUGACUCACUAUACAGCCGUCAAAGAUGUGUUCUGGGAGAAAAUGCAAUGAAGAGAAUGUGUAAAUCCAGAGUAUUUUUACAUGGCUUGGGAGGUGUUGGAAUAGAAAUAGCGAAAAAUCUAAUUCUGGCUGGAGUUGGUGAACUUAUAGUCCAGGACGGAUCUUUAUGUUCCAAACAGGAUUUAGGGACUCAAUUUUAUGUGGAUGAUCAUAGUGUUAAAGGUUCUGAAACCAGAGCUGAAGCAAGUCUUGAUCGUCUAACGGCUUUAAAUCCGUAUGUUCGUAUUACUUUAGAAACGGGAGAUGUGACGGAUAUUCGUUGCCCUCUUUCUGAUCCUGCUAAUAAUAAUAUCCUAAAGACAUUAGUCGGUGAAGGAUCAUCUAUGAAAGUCGAUUGUUUGAUACUGACGCAAUGUUCACUUAAAAAAGCUACAUUGUUGGAUCUAUUCUGCAGAGCAUAUGAUAUUAAAUUUAUCUAUACAGAUAUAUAUGGUGCAUUUGGAAAUUUGUUUUGUGAUUUUGGCUCUGAUUUUACUGUUUUAACACAAGAUGACGAACCAUGUAGAGAAUUUUUUAUUGGAAAAAUUGAAAAGAUAAACGAUGAGGAAUUAUUGGUCACAGUCCUUGGUGAUCGUCGCCAUCAUUUAGAAAAUAAUGAUGUAAUUCGAUUCACUGAACUUAAGAAUUUACCAAUGCUCAAUGAAAGAGAAUUUCCUAUCCGAGUAAAGUCGCCUUCAGAGCUGAUUAUCACAACGUCUAUAAAGGACAUCCAGUUUCCUUAUUCAGAUGGUGGUAUUGUGCUUCAAGUUAAAAAACCACAAGUAUACACUUUUGAAACUAUGCUCGAACAACUUAAAUAUCCUAAAUUAAUGUGUGUAGAUUUCAGUGAACCUGAGGAAGGUAACUUGUUACAUUUAACAUACCUAACAUUGAUGAAGUUCAAUACAGAAACUGGCCGUUAUCCCAAACCAUGGGAUGAAAAUGAUUGGAAUUUAUUUCGUGAUCAAUUGUUCACAUUACAUAAGCUACAAAUGGUCAAUCCAAUUAAAAUUAACGAAUCAUUAGUAAAACGUUUAGCCUUUGCUAGCCAAGGACAAUUAGCUCCAUUAUGUGCUGUUUUUGGUGGAAUAGCUGCACAAGAAGCUAUGAAAGCGAUUACAUUUACAUUUACACCAAUUAAUCAAUGGCUGUAUAUUCAUUGUGCUUCAAUUGUACCACUUGAAAUCAGUACGAAAUCAAAUGAAUUUCAAAAUUAUUUGUCAAGUCGUUAUGCCGCUUUAAUUCAAUGUAUCGGUGUGUUAAAUCUUCAAAAAAUUCAUAAUUUAAGUAUUUUUAUGGUUGGUUGUGGUGCGAUUGGUUGUGAAUUAUUAAAGAAUUUAGCAUUAUUAGGUGUAGCCACUGCUGGAUCUAAUGAUGAUGAUUUACAUUCAGCAAACAACAUCUCUGAUUCUAAUCAACGUCAAUAUUGUUAUCGUCGUGAUCAAUAUGAACAACAAGAAAACAACAAUCAAUUUACAUGUACUACAGCACUCGAUACUUUAUUGAUGUCUCAUGAGAAUGAUGGUGAUCAUCAUCAAACGUUGUCAAAUUCAGCGGUAGAUGGUCAGCAACAACACUGCAAUUCACCUUAUCCUAAUGAUAAACUCACUAAUAAUUCUGAAACAAUUGUUCAGUCAAUUAUAUCACAUCAAGUUUCCACAUCUCAUAGACAAUCAAUAAAAUCUGUACAAAGUGAAUCAAUCAUGAAUAAUAGAUGCCCAACUAUUACUGUUACUGAUCCUGAUCAUAUUGAAAAAUCAAAUUUAAAUCGACAAUUUCUAUUUCAAUCAUGUCAUAUUGGUUUGUCAAAAAGUCAAAUUGCAUGUGAUACUGCUAAGAGAAUUAAUCCGAAUAUAUCAAUAAGAGCGAUGUGUGAUAAAUUUUGGCCAAAUACUGAAAAGUCUAUUUUCACUGAUGAAUUUUUAUUACAAGCAAUAAAGUGUAGUAAUUACAAACAAGGAAUAACAUCUUCUUCAAUACUGAAUACUUCUUCAUAUAAACAACAAGGUAUUGUAUUAGCUGCUUUAGAUUGUAUACCAACACGUCGUUAUUUAGAUUCACGUUGUGUAACACUACAUUUACCAUUGAUUGAAUCUGGUACUUUAGGUACUAAAGGUCAUGUUCAAGUCAUUUUACCUGAUAUUACUGAAUCAUAUAAUAGUCAAAUGGAUGAUGAUAUUGUUCAUAAUAAUAGUGAUAUAGAUGGUAAUGGAAAUAUUGAUAGUCAAGUGAAUACAAUACCAUAUUGUACAUUGAAAUCAUUUCCAACUUUACCAAUUCAUUGUAUUGAAUGGGCACGUGAAAAAUUUGCUAGUCAAUUCACGUUGAAACCCAUGAAAUUACAAACAUUUUUACAAGCUUGGAAUUUAGAACAAUGUGAAUAUGUGGACAGUUACCAUGGUGAACAAACAUCAAAACAACAAACGCACCAAUUAAUAUCAGAUUUAACAUUUUUAAUGCAUCUAUGCAAUGAUACUAUUCAUGAUAUUCCUACCAAUUGUACUACUACUACUACUACCACCACUACUACUGAUAACAGUAAUAGUAGUAGUAAUAAUAAUAAUAAUGUAAUUGUUACAUCAAAGAUGUAUUCUAAUGAUAAAAUUUUAAUGAAAAACUGGAUUGAAAGAAUAAAUCUGUUACAAGAUCAAUUAAAUCCUAAUAUUGGACGAUUUUUAUACUCACGUCCAUCUACAUGGAAUCAAUGUUUAUAUUUAGCCCGUGAUAAAUUUCAACAUUACUUUAAUCAUAAAGCUCUUCAAUUGUUACAUUCUUUCCCCUUGGAUACAAAAUUAUCAAAUGGAGCACCAUUUUGGCAAUUUCCUAAACGUCCACCUAAAUCGAUUGAAUUUUCCAUAACAGAUCCAUUACAUCAAAUAUUCGUCAUCAGUUAUGCACGUCUUUUAGCUGCUCAAUUGUCGAUCCAAGUACCACAGUCUUGUUUCUCCUCUUCAACUUCUUCAUCAGAUUUCUUCAGUCGUUUGAAUUAUGGAUCGACUGAACUAGUUAAUUAUCUUCAAGAAGUAUUUGUAAACUAUAUUCCACCAAUAUUUACUCCAUCUAAUAAACACAUUGUCAUUGAUGAGAAUGAAAUGAAACCUCAGCAAAUGACCACAUCUACUUCUCCAUCAAACUUGUCAUUACCUAAAGAUAAUGAUCCGACUGUAACAUCAAUGAAAAAAAUUAUCUUCAAUAAUCCUUCUCUCAAUGAUGAUGAUGAUGAUGAUUUGACAAUGAAAGAAAUUUGUCUAAAUGAAUCAUUUUUGAAAAUGUGUACAAAUAUAUUGGAGAGUUUAAGUAAACCAGAGAAGUUUAAAGUGAUUUCUUCAUGUCAAUCAGUAACUUUUGAAAAAGAUGAUGACAAUUUGGCACAUGUUGAUUUCGUCAUGUCAGCUGCAAAUCUACGUGCUACAAUGUACGGUCUACCGAUUACAGCUCGUCAUGUUGUUAAACGUAUCGCUGGACGAAUAGUACCAGCUAUAGCGACAACAACUGCUACUGUCGCAGGUUUAGUUUGCUUAGAAUUACUUAAAUAUGUAAUUAAUAAUAAUCAAUAUGAUGUUGAUGAUAAUCAUGUUGGUUCGUUUACAUCUGAAAAGGAAAUAAAUACAUUGACGGCAACUACAACAACAAGAACUAAUUGUGAACAACGUUUAGUUCAACUAAAAUCUAAAAAUAGUUUUCUUAAUUUAGCAUUACCGGUUCUUUUGUUCAGUGAACCAGGACUGUGUCGACAAACACGUUUACCAAAUGGAAAAUAUUUCAGUUUAUGGGAUCGUUGGACUAUUCGACCAUGUAAACAAGUUGAUAAAUAUCGAUUAACCGAUUUUAUUGAUCAGAUCAAGGUAAGUGCUUAUACUUUAGAUGAUCCAAUCAUAGUUGUAUUGUUCUAGAUAUAGUGUUGAACUCCGAUGUGAUAUUUAGAUUUGUUUAUCGUAAUAAUCUAACCGAAUUAAAUUGGAUGAAAUAGUCAGCUAGUCAUUAUAAGCAGAGAUGAAUGGUGGCUAGUAAUACAAUCCAGGACACGUGCCUACUUGGGACUUGUCAGCCGGAUAUAGUCAGUCAGUCAGUCAAACAAAGCCUAAAACCUGGUACAUGUGUACAUCGGUUUAUGUUGCCAUACCCCAUUAGCAAAGAUAUAUGAAAUGGUUAAGGCAAGUUCCAGAGUUGUAAAAGUAGCAACAGUAUGAGUGGGGAUUCAAAAGAUUAGGCGUCAAAUACACGAUUCAAGAGAAAAAUAAGUGAAAUUAAAAAAAAAAAAGCAAGUUAUGAAGAACUUAGAAGGUCAUAAUUUGAGGAAAGACGCAGAAUGGAUGCACCUGAGCCAUUGAAAACGAUUUUAAGCCAUGGAUGAGACAUUUCCAGUAACUUUUCCCGCUUAUAGAAUGAGGUGAGAUUAAGAAACUUUCUUCAUUAUGAGUUUGGAAAAAGAAUGCAAGCUAGAAAUACAAAUAUAACCACUUUGGAAAAUAACUUUAGUGACCGGUUUCAACUAGUCAUCCGUUGGACUUGGUUACACUAUUAGAUCUAUAAUACUAUUGUAGUGAACAAGAACACGAGUGGGGACAAUCGAAUAUAUUUGAACACAAAAUUACAGAGCAUCUCACUAAAAUCUGAGAACCAUACAGUAAAUCGUUAAUUUGACUUUUCCUGUUACAAACAUCAAUCCAUUGUCUCAGAUUUCAUUGUUCAUGCAUUUUCAUACCAGCUACGUUCCGUUCCCGUUUUUUCCUUAUCGAUCUUCUAUUGAAAUACAUUCUAUGCCUGACCACCGUUAUAUACUACUUAUGUGGAUAUAAGUAACUCACACCAC